GGCGCGCGCGAUAAAUGCGUGUGCACGAGGGUUUAAGGCGUGACUGUCCCUAUGGUGAUUUAGAGGAUUUCUUGGUGUCUCUGUGGAGCUGUUGAGCUUUCUCCUUACUGGAGGCUGCAGGAUCUUCCAUUCAUUCUGACUCCAGUCCAUGUACAGACGCCCCUCCAGCUUUGGAAGGUGGAUUGAGACCCAGGGUGAACAUGCCAGCUAAUGGGAAAUCACCUCAGAGGUUCCUUGUCCUGGUUCCAGGACAAACUGACAGAUCAUUUGAGGAAUCUGUGUCCUUCGAGGAUGUGGCUGUGGAUUUUACCCGACAGGAGUGGCACAUACUGGACCCUGCUCAGAGGACCAUGUACAAGGAUGUGAUGCUGGAGAACUAUCGCAACCUGGCAUCUGUGGGCCUCUGCGUGGCCAAACCAGAAAUGAUCUUCAAGCUGGAGCAAGGAGAAGAGCUGUGGAUAUUAGAGGAGCAAUCUUUAGGCCAUGGAUACCCGGCAUCUCUCUCACUGCUAUGUGGCAACGGUUCUGUUGGGAGUAAUACCCUCAGGCAUAAUAACAGCCACCUUCAGCACCAGCGAAUUCAAACUUUGGAUCAAACUGUUGAAUACAAUGGAUAUGAGAAAGCCUUCUAUAGGAAAACAAGCUUUGGUGGACAUAAAAGAGCACGCACAGGAGAGAGAAACUUUGAAUGCCAUGAAUGUGGGAAAACUUAUUGCAGGAAAUCAAACCUUAUUGAACAUCUGAGAAUACACACAGGAGAGAGACCCUAUGAAUGUGGUGACUGUGCAAAAACCUUUAGUGCAAGGUCAUACCUCAUUGCUCAUCAGAAAACUCACACAGGGAAGAAGCCCUUUGAGUGCAAUGAAUGUGGAAAACCCUUUGGCAGGAAGUCCCAACUCAUUCUCCAUCGGAGAACACACACAGGAGAGAGGCCCUAUGAAUGUACUGAAUGUGGAAAGAGCUUUUCCGAGAAGGCCACCCUCAUGAUCCAUCAGAGAACUCACACAGGGGAGAAACCUUACAAUUGUGGUGAAUGCGGGAAAACAUUCCGAGUAAAGAUAUCCCUCACACAACACAAGAGGACUCACACAGGGGAGAAACCCUAUAUCUGUGGUGACUGUGGGAAAAACUUCCGUGCAAAGAAAUCCCUAAAUCAACAUCAAAGAAUUCAUACAGGCGAGAAACCCUACAAAUGUGGUCAGUGUGGGAAAUUCUUCAGAAUGAAGAUGACUCUCAAUAAUCAUCAGAGAACUCACACAGGUGAAAAACCCUAUCAGUGUAAUGAAUGUGGCAAAUCUUUCAGAGUGCACUCAUCUCUCUGGAUACAUCAGCGAAUUCACACAGGAGAGAAACCUUAUGAGUGUAAUGAAUGUGGCAAUGCCUUCUAUGUUAAAGCACGCCUCAUUGAACAUCAGAGAAUGCAUUCGGGAGAGAAACCCUAUGAAUGUAACGAAUGUGGAAAAAUCUUCAGUAUGAAGAAAUCCCUUUGUCAACACCAGAGAACUCAUGUAGGAGAGAAACCAUAUGAAUGUAGUGACUGUGGACAUGCCUUCUACGUGAAAGUACGCCUGAUUGAACAUCAGCGAAUUCACGCAGGAGAGAGACCCUUUGAAUGUCAAGAGUGUGGGAAAGCCUUUUGCCGAAAGGCACACCUCACGGAGCACAAGCGGACUCACAUAGGCAGGCCCUUGCAUUGUACUGUGGAGAAAACAGCUCCGUGAAAGUCUCCCCACACCUUUGGACCUUGGAUCAAGCCCUUUGGACCUUCUCAUCACCAGGCCAUGCGGAGUGCACCUGUAUUAAUUCGGUUCCUAUACUGGUUUAAUAAUAUAUCCUGAUCCUUUUAGGGGAUGGGUAGCUCAUUGUUCUCAUUUCAUUUGGUUUUCCCCCAUUAGGGGUGAGGUUGAACAUAUUCUUACUGUUCAUUGGUCACUUGGGGUUUUUAUGUGCAUUGACUAUAUCCUUUGCUCAUGUUUUCCAAUGGGCUGCUUAUCUUUUCCUUCUUGGUUUAAAUGUUUUCUGCUCUUGUUGUUUUUAAUAUAUAAGAAUAUAAAGAUCCUUUUUUUAGUCGUGUGUUGCAAAGGUCUUCUCCCGGACUCUGGCUGGUUAAUUUAAUUUUGUUCCUUUUUUAUGUCGACACUUUAUGUUUUAAUAUUAUCAGUUUCAAGGUGUUAAUAUUUUCCUAUACGUUCCUAUAAAGUUAAGGUUUUCCUUUCACCAAUUAGAAUAUUAAUCUAUCCUGAAUUUGGUUUAUUUUUGUGUGUAGGAUGAAAUUUGUGAUAGAGAAUACUACAUUGUUUUUUAAAAAUGUUACAUAAAUGGUAUCACACAUUAUUUAAACUUCUGCAGCUUUCUUUUUUUUCAUGGAAUGUUACAUUUCCAAGAUCUAGCCAUGUGGAUAAAUAUAGAUCUGGUUUAUUCAUUUUGUCUCUCCAUCCUCCUAGGGAGAGACAUCUGUAUCAUCUCUGUGUGUAGUGUCUUAAUCUACAAGUGGAACUGAUGGGGCGCAAAAGGUGUAGGCUCUGUGCCAAUUAUUCAGCUAUUGUGUCCCAGACCCAAACUUUUGUACUGUGUUUUGUGAUGUUGGGGCUGUGACUCUGCAGAAUGUGUUUCUGUCUUGCCAGCUGCUCCCUGUUGGUUCUUGCCAAGAACAGACAUUAAUAUAAAUUUGGAAGCUGGGAAAGGAAGAAGGAACUUGUUUCUUUUUUUUCUUCCUGUUAGUUCCCUGUCCAUGGAAUGUCAGCUCAACAUUGUUUCUUCUCUCUGUAGCACUAGUUCCUCCCUGCAGCAACAAUUUCAUUCAAUCAAUAGUUUUCUAUACUCUCCAAACAGCCUGAUGGUACCACCCUCUCAGAGACACUGGCAGCAGCUAGCUGGUGCCACCUCCUUAAGGGAUGAGUCCUGGUCACAUGUGAUGACCCCUCCAACCUUCUUACUUUUAAUCAUUCCAAUUUCUUCCCUUUGUUAUUCUAACCAUACUGCUCUCUGCAGUUUCUGCCUCUAUAAUUUCAAUAUGCUCUUUUUUUUUUCUUUUCAGUUACAUAGUCAAUUACUUCAUAAGUCAUUAAAAAUGCCUUACAGUAAGUUUCUCUGUUAAAAUAACUGGUAUGAUUUCUGUUUCCUAGCUGGAUUCUGAUUGAUACAGAAGCUUCAUAGGUUUAUUAAAUAUUGAUAUUUCCCUUCUAAGUCUU